AGACACAAUCGAGCCACUGUUGGCACUCGAUCAAAUUUCGCAUUGUUCGCCGCUUUGUUUUGCUUGCCUUUCAAUUAGCGAUGUCGGCGAACCACUCGCGCGGCUAACAGCCCGAUAACAGGGCUCUGCUAUGUGGCUCCUAUGGCUGUUAGUUCCUUCGGUGUGGAAUCACACGCAGCUCCUCAGUUCGCGUCAAGACCUCGUUGGCUGUGGGUGCUCUCCUCGGUCGGAUCGAAAAAAAAACUCCACUGGAAAACCCGGCAAAACAGGGGCAGCCAUUAUUAGAUCGGAAUUACGAAUGUCAAUGUUAAUUAACACGUAAGCUAGCGUGUGAUUUUGCCGGUGUCUAAAGCCCGAAGCACCGUAACCGGUUCGCGUGCGUUCGCAUAUUUACACCCACUUCCCGGGAAUUCCCCAUUACCUGAAGUUUCAGAGUGCGCCAGUGAGUGAGAAAUAUUGAGAAAGAGCCGAGUUAUAAGCAUUAUGGUUAUGAGGAUCUGUUGAUUUCUUGAGAAACGUUUAUGUGGUUACCCACCUUGAGCCGCAAACUCUUCCCAGACCCAAUUUGCAUAAGCAAACCUGAUAAAAAAAAAAUCACACAGACAACUCGUAACGCCAGUCGAAUUUAAAACCGAAACCAUGUUUCGUUAAAGCUUUGUGCAAGGCGACAACAAAAACCCGUAAACCCCAAAAGACUCUCAUAGAGGUUCGAAUGUUUUUGUUUACCCAUCUAUACCUGGUCAGUGUUUUUAGUUAUCAAUACUGCCGAACGUGAAAUGCAAGUGCCAACGAAGUUCCCCACUGAUCUAUAACUGGAAAGUGAGCGAACUAAAACAACAACAGGAAGAACUCUGUUGAUCAGCAGCAAACAACCUCAAGUUGUCCACAUUAUUCAUCACAUUCAUUACCAGAGCGGAACCUCCAUUAUGCCGAAGAAAAUCCAGCAACGCGGCGGAUCCCUGUACUGUGGAGUUACUUUGCUGGGGAUCCUGUGCCUAGUGGUAUUCCGCCUGAUUCCAGGGAUUCCUUUCGGGGCUUACGUCAUGGCCGAAAAGGACCACUACCACACCAUAGAUGACCCGAAUGUUCCCUGUAAUUUCUACGACACUGUCAACCUAACCGGGCAUAGGGUCUUCCCAAACGGAAGCUACGACUUCUAUGGCACGAUUAUUCCCCGAAACCUGGUGGGCACGUACGACUACAUACACAGGUCUCUAACGGAACGCAUAGAGGUCCCGAUGCACGUCAGAGGUUGCGUCUGCAAACUGAAGGCCUGCCUCAACAUCUGCUGCCCCUGGCGACAUAUCUUCAACUCCAAGAAAGGUGAGUGCAUGGUGGACCACGCGGACAACCGCACCUGGCCGGAUCCACCCAUGCUCAAUGUGACCUUCGCCAACGACACGGUGGAAUUAGUCAACCUUUUCGAGCAGUUUGCCAUUCAAAGCUUCCGCCCCUGCCCAAAGAUGUUCUCUCUGCAGCCGGAAAUAUACAACUUCGAUGAGUAUCAGAUUUUCGAGAACGGCUCUAUGCUCCGCGUGGACGAUGAACUGCACAUCAGAAAGAACGAAUUCUGCCUUGUGCCGACCAUUGUGAACGACUCGGACACGUUCUACCGCCUGAACCCGGCCAACUGUGACAUGGCCGACGAGCACAGCACGGUAAAGAUCAUCAAUGCCUAUGCCAUGCUCUUCUCAAUUCCCUUCAUGUUGCUGACCAUAGCCGUUUACCUAUUGAUCCCCGAGCUUAGGAAUCAACACGGCAAGAGCUUGGUGUGCUAUUUGGUGGGCCUCUCCAUCGGCUACACCGCACUGUGCUAUGUCCAACUGUACAAGGACAUCGAUGCCUUGGGCAUGAAGUGCAAGCUGUUUGGAUACACGGCCUAUUUCUUUUUCAUGGCGGCCUACCUGUGGCUGAAUGUCAUCAGCUUCGACCUGUGGCACAACUUCCGAGGAACGAGGGGCAUCAACAGGUUCCAAGAGAAGAAGCGGUUCCUGUUCUACUCGCUGUACUCUUGGGGUCUGGCUGUCGUUUUCCUGGCCUUCACGUAUUUCGCCCAGGAAUUCAGCAGUUGGCCCUCAUAUCUCAAGCCGGGGAUCGGGGAUGGCACUUACUGCUGGCUGGAUAUGACCAACUGGUCGGCCAUGAUCUAUUUCUACGGACCCAUUCUGGCGAUCGUCGUCACCAACACGAUCAUGUUCAUAAUGACGGCGAUCAAGAUCCACGGUGUGCAGCGGGAGAUGGCGAGGAUCAUUGCGAGCGAGAAUAGCACCAAGAACUUGCGAACCGAGAAGGACAAGUUUGGGCUCUUCCUGCGCCUCUUCCUCAUCAUGGGCGUCACUUGGCUUUCGGAACUCGUCUCCUUUUUCGUGGGCAGCAACAAUAACUUGUCGAAGAUUUUCUACAUAUCGGAUCUAGCCAAUGCCAUGCAGGGCUUUCUCAUCUUUAUGUUGUUCGUAAUGAAGAAAAAGGUCAAGAGCUUGAUAACAAAUAGAUGCUCGAGUGUGCGCGAUGGCAGCAACCAACGUCAGAGCCAGUACUCCACUAAGACCACGUCGAGCAGCGUGGCCAACCUGUCGCUGCACGAGAAGCCGUCGGUGGAGAAGCCGCUGGUGAUCAGUGCCAGCGUGGAUCCUCAGAGAACCACCAUCUUUCGCUGAGCACCACACCACCAGCCGUCUCGGGCCGAGCAUCGAAUAGUUCAUAAUGGAAGGUGUCCACAGAGAAGGAAGGGUAAUUCAUUCUACAAAGAAAUCAUUGGAGCAAAUUGUUGUCUAGGGAUUAUCUUCUUGGAUUGUAGCUUUUCUAUUUUCUCAUUCUGUACAUAUAGAACAUCAAUUUCUAUAUCCAUUAGAGUCCCGGCAACAUAAUUGCCCCAAUAUCUAAUCAUUGAAUGCCGUUCCCAUCCUGAUCUUGAGGAUAUCUUCUAGAUCCCGCAGCAGCAGCCAUAUACGGAUAGUACUUUAUGAAAGACACUACUAUAAGAGGAAGUCCCUAUCCAAACUAACACGAGCCAUCCUCACUCCUCUCUCUUUUAUAUGUCAUGUGACCACGAACAACCUGAUUAGUUGUAUAAGAACGCUUGCAGCGCCAUAUCUAGUAUUUAUGCCUAUGAAAUUAUAAAGGUUCUUUGAACACCUGCUAAGAGGGAUCAAAUUUUAUACUUCUCCACUAGCCUAAGUGCAAGAUAAACAUCCAGCAUAUACCUUACAUAUAUAUGUGCCUUGUUGAAAUUGAGAAUUGUAUUUUUUGUUAUUCGUACUGCUCUCUAUACGUAUUUACGUAUAUUUGUACCAUUCUCCAUAUCUGCAUAUGCAUUAUCUUUACUGGUGUAAUAAAAAAUUAAGAGAAUUAAAAGUGUAUUUCAAGCUUAAUAAAGCCAAAGAUAAAAAGAAAGCAA